AUGGAGGUGGAGGCGUUGGAUGGCAGCGACGGCGACAGCAGGUGGUCUAAGCUGGGAACGACGCUUCCUGUCAGGAACGUCCAGGCCCUGGCGGCGGUCGCUGCCGGCGAGCUGACGGGAGACGCGAUCGAACGGUACAUCCAGCCGGACAUCGACGCCGAUGCGGUCAUCCCCACGCACUCCGACGAGGUUCCGGUGAUCGACCUCGGCAAGCUCACGGGCGCUGAGUCCAUGGAAGCAGAGACCGCCAAGCUCAGAUUUGCCUGCGAGGAGUGGGGCUUCUUUCAGGUAGUGUCACUGAAGUCGCCAGAUGCUGUAUGUUGUUUACCUGGUGGUUCUGAAACUAUUUUUCUUCGGCGGUCAACUUUUGCUUUUUUUCUUCGUGAAAAUUUAUAUACUAGUGCAAAACUUGUAAAUCAUGGAGUACCAGAUGAGAUCAUCCUGGCUAUAAGGCGUGACAUUGAAAAGUUCUUUCAGCUCCCCCUGGACGUGAAGAAUGCUUACGCUCAACGCCAAGGAGAUCUUCAAGGUUAUGGCCAAGCCUUUAUUCUCUCCCAUGAUCAAAAGCUAGAUUGGGCUGACAUGUUUGGGCUCUACACACAGCCACCUCAGGCCCGUGAUAUGAGUUUCUGGCCGAGUCAACCUCCUAUGUUCAGGAUGAACUACUACCCGCCAUGCACGUCGAUGCCCGAAAAGGUUUUAGGCUUGUCUCCACAUUCAGAUGGAUCUUUCCUAACUAUCCUACUAGAAGUUAAUUCAGUUCAAGGCCUACAAAUUAGGAGACGUGGUGCAUGGCUCCCAGUGAAACCACUGGCCAAUGCAUUGUUGCUGAAUGUGGGUGACCUUCUCGAGAUUAUGACGAAUGGGAAGUACAAGAGCAUUGAGCAUAGGGUCACUAUAAAUGCCCAUCAGGAACGAUUAUCCAUAUCAGCGUUUCAUGUCCCAAAGUAUGAUGGAAUAGUUUCCCCACUUCUGGGAACUACGGAAGAGAAGGUGUUAUACAAGACAACAAAAGUGGAAGAGUAUUCAAGACUUUAUUUGUCAAAGAAACUACACGGAAAGAGGACCCUGGAUCAUGCGAAGCUAUCCCAGACAUAA